GAAGCUUCCCGCCGCCCAAUAAAAAAUUAUGACGCAGGCUCGAUGAGGUGGCCUCUUUGCCAGUCUUCCGUUUUAUUAUUAACUGCGCCUGCUUCUUGGCUGAGCCUCAACCACCAGGGCUCUGUUUCAAUGGACCGUGCUGGUUGAAACAUGCCGUGCGUGUGACUACGCUUUGUGAAGUCACGCUUUGGGCAUCUCAGUUUCCUUUAUUUUUUCUAGCAGCCUCUACGCUGGCAGCAAAACCCCAACUCAAACUACACAUCACAUAGGAACCCCGUCUUCUGAUGGAUACUCAAUCACAAUGGAAUUGGAGUGCGGUUGAUGAUGAAGGGCUUCGCCAGCGAAGGCAGCAAGACGACAGUCCGUCGGCUCACGAGGAAGACGAUUCAGCACCUGAGGUCCCAGAGCCGCCUCGCCCGGAACCUACCAGACGACGUGGCUUCUACCCGCCCCGAACUUGCCGAAUCUGCCUCGAUACAGAAACCGCGAAGUUCCGGUCAACGACUAGGACAUCGUUGGGGCUAUCUGCAUCGUCAACAAAGCCCAUUUACGAGUCUGACGACCCGGAGCUAGGACGACUACUCUCUCCUUGCAAAUGCAAAGGUACACAGAAAUACGUCCACGAGGGAUGCCUCAAUGCAUGGAGGAAGGGCAGCCCGGAUGCGAGCGCCAACCUGUGGCAAUGCCCUACGUGCUUGUAUCAGUACAAGCUUGUCCGUCUGCAGUGGGCAUCGCUGUUGGGAUCCAAGCUGAUUCGGGCACUGCUCACAAUUGUCAUUUUUGUCAUCUCCGUCUUCCUGUUGGGCUUUGUUGCUGACCCAAUCUUCAACUUGUGGAUGGAUCCUUUUGGAACCAUCGGUGACAGUGUUGCUGGCGUUCUCGGCGACGACGACAAUGACCUUUUAUACGACCCGAUUUACGAAUCUACCGGAUCAUGGUUGGAACACUGGCUCAAGGGAUUCUUUUCAUUGGGCGUUGUUGGGGUUAUCAAAUCCACUUUGAUGAUGUCUCCAUGGCAUUGGGCUAUGAGAGUUGGUGGCCGCCGAAGACGCGGCAACGGCCGAGACCGCGUCGAAGAUAUCUCGCUAGUGCUUGUGCUGAUUGGCGCAUUUGCCGCUCUCAAGGGUAUCUGGUCAGGCGUGCGGAUGCUGAGCGACAGGAUCCUACAGAGCGUGCGGGACAAGGUGCUCGACGUAAAUGACGACGGCGACGAACCCGAGCCAGAGCCAGAGCCAAAGGCAGAGGCUGACGACACAGCCAAUGCAGCAGGUCAAUCCUAGAAAGUCUAAUACAUGUUUUACAGAUUCUCUCACUGGGCGCCCAUGUGCUAUGCCUUUAUGCUAUUUGCGUGUUUGUAUGAAACCGCACACUCUUAAGUUGCCUUGAGCUAUGCUCCUCCGUAUCGAGUCAACUAGUCUGUGUGCGAAGAUGAACCCCAUCCUGCCAGUAUCUUGAAGAGUAUUACCGUUUUGGUAUAUACACAUUCGUACAGAUCGGUGGGAAACCUUGCCAAGGGAAGUGCAUUGAAGAUUGGCGUGGCGUUUUGUCUUGCCUUUUUUGCUUCGGUGUUGUCUUAUUGGGCUACUCGGUGCACUCCAGCGCCAGGUGUUGCGUAGCUUAUAACAGUUCCUUGGCACAUUUUUUUUUUCAUUUAUUCAUCUAUAUAUGUCCAUUGUGAAUGACCCUGCUCGCGUAGUGUGUAACUAUCGCCGUGAGACUAGUAGAAAACAAAGCAUAUGAGCUGGAGCUUUGACUACAAGGCUGUAACACCGUUUUACAUCGUAGUAGCGUCCGUUCUCUGUAUGGUAUACGACUAGGUGAUGUUGCGGCCAGCAAUUGUCCCUUUGUUAAAAUAUUAUACUAAAUCGAAGAUUGUAUAAUCUUGUAAUCCUAUACUAUUAUGCUCCUACAUAAUAAUAUAUUUUUU